GGGAGGCAGACUGGGCUGCUCCUCCAUCAGGGAAAGAGCUGGCUCCCCCCAAUCAUCCCCAAAAGGCGCCUGGGCUUUCCUCUGAGCAGCCAAUCGCCUGGUAGGAAGUGGGCAGGUUUUCCAGUGGGUCAGCAUCGCGUGGAGGAGGGAAAGGAGGAGGGAAGAGGAGGCUGGCAUCAUCAUCAUCAUCUCCGCUUUGCCUUGCCUUGUGCUUCUGGAGCCAGGAUCUCCAGGAUCUGGGUCGCUUGCAAGAGGAAAGGAAAAGGUGGCUAACCAAGGCUUUGCAUUGCACCUUCCUCCUCCUUCUCCUCCUCUCCAAGGACCAGCGUCGUUUGGGUUGCUCAGCACCUUUCCCUGAGGGGCAUCCUCCUCUUUCUUGCACCAGACAGGAUGAUAGCUGCCCAGCUUUUGGCCUAUUACUUCACCGAAUUAAAGGAUGAUCAGGUCAAGAAGAUUGAUAAAUAUUUGUACUCCAUGCGACUCUCUGAUGAAACUCUGCUGGAUAUUAUGGGACGUUUCAGAAGAGAAAUGAAGAAUGGGUUAUCCAGGGAUUUUAACCCCACAGCCACUGUCAAGAUGCUUCCUACGUUUGUAAGGUCCAUUCCUGAUGGCUCAGAGAAAGGAGAUUUCAUUGCCCUGGAUCUAGGUGGAUCUUUUUUUCGCAUUUUGCGGGUGAAAGUCUCUCAUGAGAAGAAGCAGACAGUGCAAAUGGAAACAGAGAUUUAUAACACACCAGAAGAUAUUAUGCAUGGCAGUGGAACACGGCUUUUUGAUCAUGUUGCUGAAUGUUUAGGAGAUUUCAUGGAGAAACAAGAAAUCAAGGACAAGAAGCUACCUGUUGGGUUCACAUUUUCUUUCCCUUGUAGGCAGUCCAAGCUAGAUGAGGGUAUUCUGAUAACCUGGACAAAACGUUUCAAAGCAAGUGGUGUUGAGGGAGCUGAUGUAGUGAAGUUGUUAAACAAAGCAAUCAAGAAACGAGGGGAUUAUGAUGCAGACAUUAUGGCAGUUGUAAAUGAUACUGUAGGAACAAUGAUGACCUGUGGAUUUGAUGACCAGCGUUGUGAAGUUGGCUUGAUUAUUGGUACUGGCACAAAUGCCUGUUACAUGGAAGAAAUGAGGCACAUUGAUCUGGUGGAAGGUGAUGAAGGGAGGAUGUGCAUCAAUACUGAAUGGGGAGCAUUUGGAGAUGACGGCUCAUUAGAAGACAUCCGGACUGAAUUUGAUAGAGAGAUUGACCGGGGCUCCCUUAAUCCUGGGAAACAAUUGUUUGAGAAGAUGGUGAGUGGCAUGUACAUGGGUGAACUCGUACGGCUUAUCCUUGUCAAAAUGGCCAAAGAAGGACUGAUUUUUGAGGGUCGAAUCACUCCUGAACUUCUAACCAAAGGAAAGUUAGAAACAAAACAUGUUUCUGCCAUAGAGAAGAGCAAAGAAGGUUUACAAAAAGCCAAAGAGAUAUUGACCCGUCUUGGAGUUGAGCCCUCUCAUGAAGACUGCAUUGCUGUUCACCAUGUGUGUACAAUUGUUUCGUUCCGAUCAGCAAACCUAGUGGCUGUGACUCUGGGGGCGAUCCUAAACCAGCUGCGAGAGAAUAAGGGAGUUGGCCGUCUGCGCACCACUGUGGGGGUUGAUGGCUCCCUUUACAAGAUGCAUCCACAAUAUGCCAGGCGCCUGCACAAAACAGUGAGACGCUUAGUGCCUGACUCAGAUGUGCGGUUCUUGCUCUCUGAGAGCGGCAGUGGAAAGGGAGCUGCAAUGGUGACAGCGGUUGCCUACAGGUUGGCUGAGCAGCACCGUCAGAUCAACGAGACCCUGGCAGAGUUUAAACUCACUCAUGAACAGCUCCUGCAGGUGAAGAAGAGAAUGCGCUUGGAAAUUGAAGCUGGCCUCAGGAAGAAAUCACACGACCACGCCAAAGUAAAAAUGCUACCUACCUUUGUUCGCAGCACACCUGAUGGAACAGAAAAUGGAGAUUUUCUGGCUUUAGAUCUUGGAGGAACAAAUUUUCGUGUUUUGCUUGUGAAGAUUCGAAGUGGAAAAAGGAGAAUGGUAGAAAUGCACAAUAAAAUAUAUGCCAUUCCUAUAGAGGUCAUGCAGGGUACCGGAGAUGAGCUGUUUGAUCACAUUGUUACCUGCAUCUCGGACUUCUUGGAUUACAUGGGAAUAAAAGGUGCACGGCUGCCCUUGGGCUUUACAUUUUCUUUCCCUUGCAGACAGACAAGCUUAGAUGCUGGCAUUCUUUUGAACUGGACCAAGGGCUUUAAGGCUACUGACUGUGAAGGAGAAGAUGUUGUUUAUUUGCUAAGGGAAGGAAUUAAAAGAAGAGAGGAAUUUGAUCUGGAUGUUGUGGCAGUGGUGAAUGAUACAGUUGGGACUAUGAUGACUUGUGCCUAUGAAGAUCCAAAUUGUGAAAUUGGACUCAUUGUGGGAACUGGCAGUAAUGCAUGUUACAUGGAGGAAAUGAGAAACAUAGAGAUGGUAGAAGGAGAACAAGGGAGAAUGUGCGUGAACAUGGAGUGGGGUGCCUUUGGGGACAACGGAUGCCUAGAUGACAUCAGGACGAUCUAUGACAAAGCUGUUGACGAAUACUCUUUAAAUAGUGGCAAGCAAAGGUAUGAGAAGAUGAUCAGUGGAAUGUACUUGGGAGAAAUUGUCCGGAACAUCUUGAUCGACUUCACAAAAAAGGGAUUCCUAUUCAGAGGUCAAAUUUCAGAAACACUGAAAACUAGGAGUAUUUUUGAAACAAAAUUCCUUUCACAGAUUGAGAGCGAUAGGUUAGCGCUGCUUCAGGUCCGUGCAAUUCUCCAGCAGCUUGGUCUGAAUGGUACCUGUGAUGACAGUAUAAUAGUCAAGGCAGUGUGUGGAGCUGUGUCAAAAAGGGCAGCUCAGCUGUGUGGAGCUGGGAUGGCUGCUGUUGUAGACAAAAUAAGGGAGAACAGAGGACUGGACCAUCUGGAUAUAACUGUCGGCGUAGAUGGCACAUUGUAUAAACUUCAUCCACAUUUUUCAAAGGUCAUGCACCAAACAGUAAAGGAUCUGGCUCCCAAAUGUGAUGUGACAUUCCUUCUUUCUGAAGACGGUAGUGGCAAAGGGGCUGCACUGAUCACUGCUGUGGGAUGCAGACUUCGAGAAGCUGAGCAUAACUGAAUUUUGCGACAUGGGCCUCUUCUGCCUUCUGAGCACUUUCUUGUAAAGCAGUUCUGCAGUCUGAACUGGCGGGGGAAACCCAGAACUCAGCUGCUUUUAUGGAAGAGCUGGAGUUAAAAAAAUAAAAUAAAAAUAGGAUAAUGAAUAGAGUGUGCUGUUGCUGAUAAUAUCCUCCACCUCUGAACCCUUGUCUGCAUGUGUCUUUUUUCUUCCCUCUUUGGUACAUUCACCAUGUGUAGAUUAUAAAAAAGGAUCUGUGGUUUAAACAGAUGUCCAAAAUGAGCUUAAUUUUUCAGGUAUAGGAUUACAGUGGUGGUACUGUGUCAAGUGUACUCUUUCCAGCUGUUCUGAUAUCCAUAUUAAAUAAAUAUACCACCAGUGACGCUGAGUAAAGUGCUACUUCAAAAGGGAAUAGCAAUUCGCUUCUGAAUUUUUACCCUCACACUGUUUCACUUUUACCCCAAAAGAGUGCUGGAGUUCACACUGCCAUGUGAAUAGUAUCUUCAUAUAACAGCCUAAAUUAUCAUAUCUGUGCAUAUUCAGUCAUGGGUAAGUUAAACAAAUGACUCUACCCAUCUGUCCAAUAUCAUUGGCAUUUCACAUUGCUUUGGUGAACGAGACUCCAAGUAAAAAACAUCUUACUGUUUUUGUAGUAUUUCAUAAAAACAACAAGCCUUUACAGAUAAAAUCACAUCAGUGCUUGACUGAGAUAAUCCAAAUCUCUAGUCAUGAGAAAUCUUUGGAUUGAUAUGCCCCUAGCUUGGUUUUGCUAUGUAUCAAUUCCAGAAGAGUGAUUAUUUUUAAAAUUAAAUGGAUUUCUGUUGUUCCUAUUUCAUCUUUUGUACUCUUUUGAGAGCCACUUCCAGUGUAACAUUCUAAGAUCACAGAUAGAUUCUGUGAAGCAGUUGUCUGAGUGUUUGCCAGUGGAAAUAUCACUAGGUAUAAUGACAGCUGCCUGCAAACAGGAUCUUGAAUUCCUGUUUGAUCCAUUUUUGGAAAAGAAAAUGCAUCAGUGCAGGGCCAAUGGCAGGCUCCAGCAUCCUUGGGCAGCUGCCAUAGUUGAUGUUCUUAGUUCCCCAACUCUGUGGUACUCCUGUUGGGUCUUCUUGCCAGCCUAGUCUAUUGGCUCUGGGUUUAUGACAGCAGUGGCAUGGGAACCUUCUAUCAGUUUUAUUUACCGCAGUGCCCAACAUAACACAACUGACCAGGAGUGGGGAAUCUGCAGCCCUCCAGAUAUUGAUGGACCUCAAUUUCCGUCAGCCCUAGCAAGCAUUGAGCUGACUAGAGUUGAAGUCCAAUAACAUCUGGGGGGGCACAGGUUCUCUAUGUAUACUGUAGAAAAUUUGGGGGAAAUUAAAAUGCAAAGUGACUUGUCAAACCAAGUACUCAGUUAUAGGAACAAGUGGCUGGUUAAGGAAGUGCAGUAGCUCAUUUGCAUGAAUUUCCCCCUCCCCCAGGUGCUUGGAUUACACUCAUGAUAUUUUUUGGAAAGUAUGUUUCAUUGCAGGUUUUAAAAGUGAUUGUAACUCAGAAGCAGACUUUAUUUAAGCACAGAAGAAACACCAUUAAACAAUUACAUGAAUAUCUUGUCUUUGCUUCAGUCUAGAUUUGGGUGAGUCUGGGCAGGAUGGUUGGAAAAUUGCUGAUAGUCUGUAACGCCAAAGGAACCAGUGUGUAAAACCCAGAAAAUCUCAAUCAUAUGGUCAUUCUUUUCCUGCCUGAAAUUGCAUAGAUGUCAAAUGAGCAAGUUAGCCUUUUAAUAUGAGCCAACAGCCUUCAAUUAGUCUUAGAAUCAAUAGUGAUGUUUCCUUCUCUUCUUCCAAUUAUGACUUGACAAGAUCACACCAAGUUCUCGCCAACCCUCAUCUCACCAACCCUCAUCAAAGAGUUUGGGUAGGGUUGCAAUCUAUUUUUCUUCUCUGAUCCUUAAGAUUUGGAUUGUCCUAGCUUCUAAUACACAUUUUCAAUAUGCAUUAUGGUGCACUGUGAAGAAAUGUGUGGUAACAUGAGUCACAAACAGUAAUCUGAGCUUUAAGUGUGUGUGUGUGUGUGUGUGCAUACGUUUGUGCAUAUAUGUGUGUGUAUGUUUACCUGAAAAAUUGCAUGGUUACCUAGUUUUGCCACACUAGAGUCUUUUUACAUUGCCCACUGGUAGCACAAUGAUACUGGUGCAAAGUGGAUAUUUGUGACACUAUUAAACCUUUUUUUGAUGUGUGUUUA